AUGGCGGGGUUCCUCAGCAACCUGCAGCAGUACGUGACCAACAGCGUCGCCAGCUUGAAUUUGAAUCUGAGCCCGCGUCGAUUCGGAUCGAGCAACACGUCCACCCCCGGGAAUCGGGCCCCCCCGCCGCCGCACGUGGCCGCAGCCCAGAAGGCGACCGAGCAGGCACAGCGGAUCCGGUUCCUCCAGCAGCAGCAGCCGCCGCAGCCGGGGCAGAAGGUCCAGUUCAAUCUGGGAGAGACGAAGGUGAACCUGGUGUCUCCGUUCAGCAAGGCGAGGAAGAAUUCCAUGUCCGCGUGCGGCAGGGAUGCGACACAACAGCUGCAGAGGGAACUCCGGCGAACAUCACUGGUCGACUUCCAGCGCUCCAAUCACGCGUGA